UCCCCCCCCCCGCGUUAGCAAGAAGUGGGAAGGACGGAGCUCGGCGCCGCUUGUGGCUGCGGUGGCAGCAAUUCGGCCGUGGGAGAGUUUUCAUUCAAUGUGCGGAGGAAGCCCGGGGGGCGCGUGCACCGCGUCGCCUUCGCAAAGCCGUGCAAUUUCGCUGUGGUCCCUUGGCCACCGUAGCGUCGGCUCCCAGAUGGCAUUCUCGGCAAGACCGCGUCUCCUCGCGUAGGGUUUACUCGGAGGAGACGACCCAAGCAGGGCACCAGUAUCUCUGUAGUUCGGGCUCCCAGGAGCCGUUCCUUUCCUGCCGAAGAUGGCGGACGACGGGAUAACGGACGGGAAACGGCAGGACGAGCCGGAGGAAGCAGGAGCAACAGGCGGGCCGAGCGGCGUUGGGCGGCAGAAAGGACCCCGUUCAAGCGGACGGCCUCCCACCGUUCGGGAUCUGCAGCUGGCAUUGGCUGGAUUAUAUGAAGAUGAAAUUAAAAGACAACCACCUCAUUCAGGCAAACCAACAACUAGAGUUGCCAGUCACCCCCGAUUACCAGUGCAAAGAAAUUUGAGAAAACCAGAAAGAAGUAUGAGUGAUGACAUGGAUAACCAAAGAUUUUAUUCAGGUGAUACAGAAUACAGAAUUGUUGAGUCAUCUGACAAUAUAUCCUCCAGUAAAAUAGUCGAUGAACUUUUCAAAGAAGCAAGAGAACAUGGGGCAGUUCCUUUGGAUGAAGUAUCAAGAGCUUCAGGAGACUGCCAUAAAGCUAAAUCAUUUUCUGGUGGUGGAUACAGAUUGGGAGACUCUGCUCGGAAGAAUUCUGAAUAUAUACAUGGAGAAAAUCAGUACGGGCAAGAUGUUGAGAUCUUGCUUAAAUUGUGGAGGAAUGGCUUCAGCUUAGAUGAUGGAGAGCUGAGAUCCUACACAGAUCCAGUGAAUGCUCAGUUUCUUGAAUCUGUUAAAAGAGGAGAGAUUCCUGCUGAACUUCAACGACUAGUGCAUGGAGGUCAAGUUAAUUUAGAUAUGGAAGACCAUCAAGAACAGGAAUAUGUAAGACCUAGACUGAAAUUCAAAGCUUUCAGUGGAGAAGGUCAGAAACUUGGAAGCCUCACCCCUGAGAUUGUAAGUACACCUUCAUCUCCAGAAGAAGAAAACAAACCUUUUUUUGAUGCCACUGUUCCAAUAGAUGCCACUGUACCAACAACUAAGAUCCAGAUUCGUCUAGCUGAUGGCAGUCGUUUAAUACAAAGAUUUAAUCAAACACAUAGGAUUACAGAUAUACGAAAUUUUAUUGUCCAGUCUCGGCCUUUGUUUGCCACAACUGACUUUGUUCUUCUGACUACAUUUCCACAUAAAGAACUUACAGAUGAAAGCCUGACAUUACAAGAAUCAGAUAUAUUGAAUACUGUGAUAUUACAACAGCUGAAAUAAAUUGUAAGCCUAUCAGUGCAAGGUAGGUUCUGGGAAUAGAUAAUGUUGCAUGUUGAUUUGCAAGGUUGCUUCAAAUAAAGAAGGAAAAGACCAAAAGAAUUCCAUCAUUUUCCAGUUAAAAAUAGCAAUUGACUUUUAAACUUGUUCAGUCUUCCAGUAACAAUUUAUUCAAAGUGCAGGUCAAAAAGAUUUGUUAAACAAAUGUUGAAUUUGUAUUCUUCCUAGUUCAACUUUUGUGAAUUCAAUUCCAUACUUUUAUGGAAGUGGGGGAAGAGGGAAAGAAAAAAAAAUAUUGACAGAAAAUGUAUAGGAAUGUACAUUUGAUAUUUAUAGGAAUACAGUGAGGGGGGGUUGUGUGUGUAUAGCAUGGGAUUCGUUUUUUGUAAAACUUGAACUAUAGAAGAACUUUUCAUUGUAUCAGCAAUUGAGAACUUCAGUUUCUUAGUCCCAUUUGUCACUUAGAAAUAUUUUGAUCAUAGGAUGAUGUCUUUCACUUACCUAACAUGAUUUUAACACAUCUGUGUUAUGCUCCGAGUUAUUUUGUUUGCUCUAUCAUUCCCUUUUAAUAUCAGUUAUUACUAACCAUACUUUUAAGUGCCAGAUUGCAGAACAGGUGCAAAGUAUUUUUUAAUUUUAUUCUGUAAACAGGUUUCCUGUUACCAAAUGUGAACUCUAACUUUUAUGACUAAAGAGAGAAAUAUAAUAAAAUAAUAUGUAUGAUUUUUAAAGUCUAGUUUAAGAGGAAAAUAGUGUGCUGUGUUGUAUUAAAUAGGUAAUUGGGGACCAAUUAAUAAAGUCACUUUGCAGUAUCACUUCUACACCUGGAUUUGAAUAGCAAUGACUUCUUAAUAUGUAUCUUUCAACUACAUGCAUGUUGGUUUUGAGCAUGCAGAUUAGCUUCCGCCACUGGAAAUUAUCACAGAGGUAUGAUCAUUGAACUUUGGAUAUUACAAACUUUGGAUAUUUCUACUCCAGGUUAAUUUUUUAUGGCUAGUUGCUUUUCCAAGCAAUUUUCCAAAAAUACAAAUUAUGAUUUUGCAAACUUCAUAAAUCCAAAUUAAAGAUUUUAGUGGUAUGCCAAAUUUAACUUCUGCUUCUGGUUAUGCUCUGAUGUAAACAAUAAAGAAAAAAAUGUGCAACACAGGAUAUACAGAUCAUCUUGGAAUUUUAUCCACAGGUAUAGAACAUUGGAUUAAGAUUCCACUUGUAGCAUUUUGCUUGGAUAACAGCAAAAUUUAUCAACACAAGAUUCUAUGUUCAAAUUCCACUGUUCCCAAAAAGCACUUGACUAUAAAAAUGUCUGAAAUUUAAGAUGAUGUGAUAAUACAUCACUCUGUAUUUAACUGUACUGCAUUUGUAUCUUCUAAUCACAAUAUAUCAAUUUUUUGUGAAUAGACGGUUUAUGGUAUUAUAUCAAUUAUUUGACCAGCAUAGUUUCAUUUAAAAUAAUAAAAGUGUUAUCAGAAGUUAAGGAUUUUUAGUGGCAGCUUUUCAAAAAGCCUAUUCAAACUACACAGCUCAUUCCUCAGCAAAGAUAUUUUUUUCCUCCUUUUUAAGCUAGGUUUAUUCAAAGAUAAACCUAUAUAGAUAAACCUAUAUUCAAAGAUUUAAACAUCUUUAUAGUAUUUUUUUCUUCAAUUUUGUGCCCAGGAAUCCAAGCCUUCAAGAAGGGAAGUUGCCUUUAAGUAUAGGAUAUAAUGCUUGAGUGUAAAUUUUAAGUAGGGUUAACUCCAGAUUUCUACAACUUGGUUUGUAAUUGGUACAGGCUACUUUAGUUUUCAAAGACAUAAAAAAUUUUAAAAAGUGAAAAGAUGUUGAAAUGAAAGCAAGAUUUUGAAAGUAGAAUAUGUGCAUGAUUAAACUAAAAAUAAAUUACCACUAUGUUGUAAUUAAUAAAGAACAUGUUUAAAUUACAA